GGAGCUGGGGCCCAGAGCUGCCAGGCAGGAAGUCAGGGGGGAGUGAGCAAGCCAGCUCUGGGAAGUUUGCGAAGCUGUCAGAGUGUGUGGAGUGAGCGACCAAGCAAAGCCCUCUCCGCCUGCCUGGCGACGGGGCUAAGGCUUCAGGGAAAACUAAAAGGGGCUCUUGCUGCUGGCAGCAUCUCUGGCUCCAUCGGGGCACGAAGGCCACACCAUGCACGGCUGACAAGGGACCUCGAGGACAGGACACCAAGAACUGGGGAUGGCCGGCCCUGUGGCCCCGGUGUGGCUCUGUAUCUGGUGGGGCCUGUUGGCUAGACAGGCCUGGGGCAUGAACUACCCGCCCAGGUACAGCCUGUACACAGGGGCUGGCCUGCCGUUCACGCAGCUCCAAGGUACUGCUCAAGCAUCCAACGGUGCACGGGUUGCCAGCCGCCACAGGAACUGGUGUGCCUACGUGGUGUCACGUAGCGUGAGCUGUGUGGUGGAGGAUGGCGUUGACACCUAUGUGAAGCCGGACUACCAGCCAUGUGUCUGGGGGCAACUCCAGUGUCCCCGUGUUGUCACGUACCGGAGCUUCAUGCGCCCUCGCUACAAGGUGGCCUACAAAACAGUGUCAGACAUGGAGUGGCGUUGCUGCCCUGGCUACUCGGGGGAUGAUUGUGCCGAAGGGGGGACGCCGCUCACCACCACCCGGCCACGACCUCAGCCUGGCCGCCCCAACCUGUCUGGCUUCAGCAACACGCUCAGUGGUCUGGGUGGAGAAGGACACAGGGACUCCGAGAAGGUGCAACAGCUGGAAGAGAAAGUGCAAAGCCUCAGCAAGCAAUUGCAUGACCUGCAAUCCACCAUACAGGCCAGCAACACCAAGCUAGCUGAAGACAUACGCAAGGCAGUAGAGUCCUCUCUGAAUGGUAAGCAGCCCGCAGAUGCAGCUGCCCAUCCCGAGAUGAAAGAGACCCUCAAUGAGAUUCAGCGUCAUCUGCAGCGCCUCGACAACCGCAUCUCCAACCAUGAGAAUGGCCAGGGCACUGGAGAGAGUGGAAUGGAUGUCCGUAGUGAGGUCCUACGGGAGGUAGAACGGCGCUUGCAGGAGUCAUGCACAUCCUGCCUGACGGGUGUGGAAGGAUUGCGGCGGCAGCAGGAGGAGGACCGUGAGCGGAUGAGAGCCCUGGAGAAGCUGGUCACGUCCAUGGACCAGCGGAAUCGUGAAACUAUGAGCACCAUCCAACAGCACGUUAGCAACCUUGCUCGGCAGAUGCCCAAGGACUGCUGCCACCAGCUGGAAGACAAGGUGAACCGGCUGGAGCACCGCCUGGAUACCAUGUCAGAGUCUCUUGCUGUGCUGCAUGAGCAUGGAGGAGGCCACAGACCAUCAACCCUUCCUCCUCCCUGGAGUGUGGACAGGCGCAUGUCUGAAAUGGAGAGCCGUGUGAACACCACGCAACGCAGCCUGGAAGAGCACUUUGUCGAUCUGCAGGUCAUGCUGGAGGGAGCAGACGAGCGGCUCCGCAGAGCAGAGGGGCAGCUGGAUUUCCUUUUCUCCCGCCUCAAUGACUUCCAGAGCAAUGUCAACCGGGCCCUGGCCAACCUGUCACGGGAUGUGGGUGGACUGAAGGACAGCAGCCUGCAGCAGCAAGGGACUCUAGAGGGAGUGCGUGGGGCAGUUCUUACCUGUACUGAGAUCUGCAGCCCUCCCAGCAGUCAGGACACUCAGAUUAGCACCAUCUUGAGUGACCUUGGACGCCGGGUUCUGGACAAUGAGGCACAGCUGCGAUUGCUGGGCUCCUCCAUCCACCAGCUUGACGUGUCUGGCAAGCUGCAGAACUUGCGAGGCCUGGUGGGGGCUAAUACUGAAGCCCUUGGCAAACUGGCUGGGGAGAUAGGUGAAGUGGAGAACAGGCUGAUGGUCUCCAUGAGUGCUGGGCCACCCGACCUGGUGCUCUAUUCCAACCGCACUGACAAGCGCCUGGAGAAGUUGGAGGAAGAGGUCAAGGAGCUGGAAGGCCAAAGCUGCAGCCAGACUUGCUCUGAGCUGAAAGGGGAGGUGGGGCAGCUCAGGGAGCAGGUAGAGACCUGUCAGGCUACCUGCCAGCCUAUGGGGAGGAGGCCAGAUCCGGACAAAGAGCAGGUGGAUACCACUAAGCCCCUGGACGGCUUCAGCGUUAUCGGCGGCAGCUCCAGCAUCCACCUCAAGUCCCUACAAGGCGAGCUGUCUGAGGUGAUCUUGGGCUUCAGCGCCCUCAAUGAGACAUUGGCAGGGCUGCAGGCCACGGUGGAGAAGCACCAGACAGACAUUCACGAACUGGGCACCACCAAAGAUCACAUCAUCGAAGAGAUCAACCGUGUGCAGCAGGAGGUAACGGAGCACGUGAGCGAAAGCGAGGAGCGUUUCCAGGUGCUGGGCCGCGAGAUCCACCAGUUCGGCGGCACCCUGCAAGUGGAGGCAUCGGACUGCCGGCGGGCCUCUGGGGGUCUGGCCGAGCGGCUCACUAAGCUAGAGGGGACUUGCGAACGGCUAGAUGAUGUGUCUGGCAGCCUGCGGAAGAUCAAGGAAGGGCUGGACAAGCACGUCUCAGCCUUGUGGGUCUGCCUUCAUGAAGUGAAUGGGACCCUACGCAAUCAUGGUGCCCUGCUGGACAAGAUCCAUGGUAGCCACCUGGGCACCAUCCACCGCCGCCUCAGUACCCUUAAUGGAUCCCUCCAGACUUUGCAGAGUCAAUUGCACGACCUCACACUUCAGGACUUGACAGGCCCUCCAGGGCUUCCAGGACGAGAAGGUCCCAUAGGGAGACCGGGUCUUCCAGGUCCAAUUGGGCCUCCUGGCAAGGAUGGAAAGACUGGUUCUGUGGGUCCCCCAGGUCUCCCUGGAGAGCAAGGGCUGCCGGGUCCUGCUGGAAGGAUACCCCAGGUCUCCUUUGCUGCAGCAUUAACAUCCCGGCAUGUGGAGACUGGAACCAUCCCCUUCGACAGGGUAUUGGUGAAUGAUGGACAUUUUUACGACCCUGAUUCAGGGAUCUUCACAGCUCCGGUUGCCGGCCGCUAUCUGGUCAGCGCCAUCCUGACUGGGCACAGGGGCGAGAAGAUCGAGGCGGUGCUGUCCCGUUCCAACCAGGCAAUUGCCCGCAGUGACUCAGCUGGGUAUCAGCCUGAAGGCCUGGAGAACAAACCCGUGGCCGAAAGCCAGCCGAGCACAGGCGCCUUAGCAGUCUUCACCCUUGUCGUCCCCAUGGAAGCAGGCGAGACCCUCUGCGUGGAUCUGGUUUCUGGCCGGCUGGCCCGCUCUCCAGAUGAACCACUUACUGUCUUCAGCGGAGCCUUGCUGUAUGAGGAGGCGGAGGGAAUCUAGGUGGUUCCUGGGUGGAAGGGAGGGGGGAGGAAACGUUGAAGCAGGCCCUUAGUUCAGCCUAGAAAAGGACCAAAGAGGAACCUUGGCUUGCCGACCCAGAAGACCUUAUUUCCUGAGUUGGGGAGGGCUGUGGGAACUUCCGAAAGCCCAGUGUUCAGGACUUCCUCUUGGGAGCAAAAGUACCAAGAAGCAAACAGGGUGGGCGUCAGUCACUGCAGCACCAGACCCUCCUGCCCUUCUAGGGCCUCUUGCCAGCACCACCACCUACCUCCCCCUUCCCAGCUACACAGCAUAAAAACAAGCAGAGAGUGCCAGCCUGAUGAUCUGCCAAGGCAGCUGUGUGAGGUGAGGUGAGAAGUGUGACAGCACCGAGCUCAGCUACAUCAGGCCUUCUGGUCUGGAGGUAAGGGAGCCAUCCAGCCCAACAGAACGCAUUCCAGGGUGGGUGUGGGGAGGGAAAGGCUCUUAAUGUUAUUUAUCAGUGUCUGUCAUACCCUGGAGAAACCACACCGCCCUCCUUCGGGCCACUGCCACCACACUAUGCCACCAGCCAGCUGACGUCCUGCGCUGCUCACGCUUCACAGCUGGGGAUGCCUCCUCUAGCCACUGCAAAGCUGCUGCGAAGCCAGUCCCUGCCUGCCACCCAGGUGCCAGGUGCUGGCUUUUCUCCCUACUGCCAACUUCACAGGACUGUUGAGAGGAAGAGGAGGACAUACCCUUCGCAGCACGAGAGAAGCAUUGAAGUCAGGGUUUCCAGAGGAAGAGAACUGUACCCCCUUUUUACAACCCUCGUGGUUCACCCCUUGUGCCUACUUUGUGUAAUGGCCAAACUCAGCUACAGUUAUAAUUAUUGAAUAAAGAAACAACUCCUUUUUUUUAA